UUAAGGCAACAGUCAGACCAGUGUUGACUCCAGGCUAAUUGUGUAUGCUUUUCUGCCAGAAUGAAUGUGUUUUUUCCUGAACUACUUGUUAAUGGACGGUGACAUCAGUGAUAAAGAUUGUUACUUACUUUUCCUGCUGGUUUCCUGCUCUCAGGCCAAUGGCUGUUGUGGAGGACCGGUUCAUGCAAUUCCACCCAAUUCACGGGGUAAAUGUCACACUGGACAACUCAGCAACACAAGCCACAAGGGUUGAAAGCUUUGCUAAUGGAGUCUGCUUCAGCAAACACCCCUUGGUCCCCGGAGAGAUCUUCCUUGUUGAGAUUGAGGACAAGGAACUGGGCUGGUGUGGCCACUUAAGGAUCGGGCUGACAGCCCAUGAUCCAAGAAGACUGGAGGCAGUACCUGAGUACUCCUUGCCUGACCUAGUGGACAUGGGUAACAGCUGGGUCUUUGCCAUCACCCGAUCCCACAACAAGGUUGUCGAGGAGGGGGAAGCCAGAGAAGACGCAGAGGGCAGAGUUUUGGCAGAGGAAAGAGUCUCUAACCCUUGCACAUUUUUCACAAAGUCCCACCUUCAUAUUGAAAAUGUACGCAUCCCUAGGGACAAACUGGUAGGACGCAGUCGGCCUGGACGCUUCAGCCACAUCCUGGACGACCUGUACAAAACGAACGCGCUCCCCCCUACCGCCCGUCGCAGCCGCAUCGGAGUGCUGUUUGUGCCCAGAGGACAGGGCAUCGCCGACAUGCACAUCGUCAUUAAUGGAGAAGACAUGGGCGCCAGCGCCAAAGGAAUUCCCACCCAGCAGCCACUCUAUGCCGUGGUAGACGUGUUCGCUGCCACCAAAUGCGUCCGAAUUAUCCAGGUGGAGUACGGCUUUUCAUCUCUACAGACACUGUGCCGGAAGACAAUUCAGAAACACAUUGUUCACAGAAUGGCUCUGGACUGGCUGGAGCUACCAGAAAUACUAAAAAAUUACUGCAAGUAUGAAUGACAAUGGUAUGUGCUGAAACUGAAACUAUUUAUAUUAAAUACUGGAUAAACACUCCUGCUAAGAAAGCUAAUGCUCAAUGACAACAAACAGACUGGACUACUUAAGGACAAAUCCAUACCUCACAGAUUUGCCUUAUUUAUACAGCAAGACAAAAAAUCCCUGAGUUUACAAAAUAAAAAAAACAGUUCUGCAAAUAAA